UUUGCUUUUUGCAUCCAUCCAGGAGGAAUACUUACUGCAGAAUAUUACGCUUCUGAGAGGUCCGAGCCCAAGGUCGGACCACAUUCGUCCACGUCAGCCCCGUGUAACACCGAGAGACUGAAUGAUACUGGUCAUUAAGAUAUGUCACUGAUGGAUAAUGAGUGGCAGAGAAAUAUCGAAGUCAAUGAGAUCGAACGGUCUCCUGCUUCUCUCUUGCUGCCACUGCUUGAUUAUCCGUCUAUCCUGUGACAAUGACGGUCUCUCAGAAUUGCUCGCUAGGCGGCUGCAACGUCCCAGCCAUUGAUGACAUUCGAUCUCCUACGAACGCCAUCGAGCCCGAUAUGCGAGCCCAGAUUGUUUUAAGCUUGAAGCAGGCGGAGCCGGUCCUCCCAUCAAUGCUCAUAUGGGACGAUACCGGACCGAGUCUAUUCGAGAACCUCACUCAACAACCAACCUACUACCCCUUCCAUGAAGAACUCGCCAUCCUGACCCGAUGGGCAGACGAGAUGGCCCGGCAGGUGAAACCUGGAAGCCUUCUACUGGAGCUAGGAUGUGGGGACCUCACAAAAACACGCGUCCUCUUGUCUGCAUUUGAACGCUGCCAGCGGCCGAUCACAUACUAUGCAUUAGACAUCUCUGAGCGCGAUCUCACCCGAGGGUUACGUCGUCUGAGCCAAGUCUUCCGCCAGUCAAGGUAUGUUCAGGUGCAUGGCCUACUUGGUUCCUAUGAGGAUGGCAUGCAGUGGCUGGCUACCGAUGCUGGUGAUACUGGCGUUCCUGAAGCAGUUAAAGCACAAGGUGUGACCGUCCUCUGGGUAGGCAACAGCCUUGCCAACUACUCCCGCACUGAGGCAGGGGCUCUCCUCGACGGUUUCGUACGCAGUUGUGGAUUGCGCCACCUCCCAUGUCAGUUCUUUCUGGGGCUUGAUUCGUGCCAGGACUUGGACAAGAUGGGCGCCUGCUAUGAUCUUUCACCAGGUUCGCCACUCGAGACGCUUAUCAUGCAUGGACUACGGACUGCCAACAAGUACCUUGGCAGCAAAGUCUUCGAUUUGCGGAAGUGGAGUGCACAUGCGCACUAUGAAUUGAGGGACCAUACGCUGUAUAUAUAUUAUGUGCCUACCCAUGAUAAGCGCCUCCUUGUGGACGGUUGCGUCCAAAAUCUCGAGGACCGAAUCCUGGCCAUCACCAGUGGGAAAUGGCUACUGAGCGACAUUGAGGAGAUGUGCUCGGCGGCAGGUCUGCAAAUCUCGAAGAGCUGGUGGUCCGAGAGCCAGCACUAUGGCUUCCACGCCAUUCAGCCAGCCACUACCGAAACUGGCCUGAUGGCAAAGACAGGGAUUUUGCAACCAGCUUCGCGCGGCUAGAAAUCACGCUGGAAAACAGUGAGGUUAAACUGCAUAUAGUGACCGCUAGUAAAAAUAAACUUCCACUUUCUAUAAGAUACAUACGUUGAUGAACCAUCGGGUUUACCCUACACCGACGAUACAGGAGACGUGGCAUGGCACAGUGGAGAUUACCAACCGCUUUUGGUCGAC